AUGGCCGAGAAGCAGUUUGAGACCACCGUCUCCGACGACCAUGUCGCCCCCGUCUCGCCAGAGUCGUCGAGCAUCGACCUGGAAGACAAGGCGACAAUGCAGGCCAUGGGGAAGACGCAACAAUUAAAGGGAUCAUCACUCGGAACCGGUCUCUAUGCUGGCGGGCCAGUGACCCUGGUAUGGGGUCUCUUCUUCACAGGAAGCGGAACCCUUGCGCUGGCAUGUUCCAUAGCAGAAAUGGCCUCCAUGUGCCCAAUCAGUGGAGCUCAGUACCACUGGACGUACAUGUUUGCGCCUAAGAAGUGGAAGGCCACAAUUACCAGUUUGACAUACAUCAUCGCCGGUCAGGUCCAGGGAAUGGUGAUCCUCAACUGGGCUGAUUAUGGAUUUGAGCGAUGGCACACUACCUUGAUGAUGUGGGCUGUUUUAGGCAUAACUUAUGUCAUAAACAUAUACGGAAUAGGCCUCCUUCCAGCGACCGAACUCUUCGCUGGAGUUUGUCACGUCUUCUUCUUCAUUAUCUUCGCGGUGGUCAUGCUGGUUUUGGGCCGCAACUCAGAUGCGAAGUUCGUCUUCACCACAUUCAUCAACCAAACCGGUUGGGAAAGCACCGGUGUUGGUUUCUUCAUCGGUCUCCUACCAUGCAUUUGGUGCAUUAUCGGCUUCGACGGCGCCAUCCAUAUGAGUGAAGAAACCGCGAAAGCGGCCCAAACAAUCCCCAGGAUCAUCGUUACAACAGUCCUCAUAAACGCUUCGCUCGCGUGGCUGUCCCUUCUCCUCUUCCUCUUCGCCAUCAAGGACAUCAACCUGGCGAUUAGCACCCCAACUGGCUACGCCAUCCUCGAAAUCUUCCGCCAACUCACAAACUCCACCACCUCGGCCACCCUCAUGAUGUGCGCCAUGUUGACUAUCUCAAUCGCCGCAAUGUUCGGUACCCUCGCCUCAGUCUCCCGUCUGACUUGGGCCUUUGCCCGCGACGAGGGCCUCCCGUUCUCCAACUACUUCAAAUACGUCGACCCCAAGUACCAAAUCCCCACGCGCGCAGUGUCCCUUGUUAGCGUCGUCAUCAUUCUCCUCUCCCUCAUCAACAUCGGCUCUUCCGUCGCCCUCAAUGCUGUCCUCUCCCUUUCUACCAUCGGCCUCUACAUCUCAUAUAUCAUUCCGAUCGCCUGCCUCCUGUCCCUGCGCCUUCGCGUCGCCACAUCUAAAGCGGAGCCCAGCCACGCCGGCGUCGACGAGGACAAGAUCGUCUUUGGCCCGUGGACGCUAGGCCAAUGGGACCCGCUUAUCAACCUCUACGCCAUAUGCUACGCGACGCUGCUGGUACCGUUCAUGGCACUACCAUCGACGCUGCCGCUGACGAAGGAGACGAUGAACUAUGCUGGUCCUGUGUUCCUGCUUGUCAUUGUGUUUGCGGGGAUUGACUGUGCCUUCAGGGAUCGGAAGCAUUUCCAUGGGCCGUCGAGGGAGGUACAGAGGGCUGUGCAGGAGGGUUAG